AUCAUUGCUUUAUGGAUAGGAAGCGGAGGCCCUCUGGGACGCUGCAUCGGCCCACGUUGAAACACCUCACGCCUCUAUAAAAGCACGCACAGUGGUGGUUGGGGUCUCAAAAUGCUCAGAAGACCUUACCGAACGCCUUGGUGGCGAAAUCGAAUCAUAAAAGAAGUCUAAUUGAGAUCCGAAGUCUGUUAAAGUCACUCAUUGGAAAUGAGACCGGGCGCCGCUCGGAUCGGCCUGCGCCUUGUCGAAGUUCUCCCGACGUUCCGGACGCGUUUUUGUUCUUCUUCCGCGACUCGCUACGCCGCGCCACUCCCACCUAACCCCGUUCGCGCGGCAUGCUGGCUGACUCCGUUUGUGACCAUUUUCGUCCUUAAAGGGCUUGAAAAUGGCAGCCAGUAACGACAACACCGACUGGAUGAACAACUCUUUAAAUGCCUCUCUAAACAUUUCUAUUGCUAGCUCGGUCCUUCAAUCGUCUACGCCAUUCAAAGUACCUGCCAAACCGAGAACUAGAGGAAAAACUGGGGCCAAGAGAGUGUACGUGCGAGCUGUAUGUGAUACAUGUAAUGUGUGUGGCAAGGAAUACAGGUGCCACAGAUCAUAUCUGAAUCACAUGAGGCAACACUCUAUUAAAGAAGCUGCAUCAAGAUUUCCCAGUGCCUCAAAGAUGAUUCAGCAUUGCACGGAGACGAUUAGUGAAAGUUUUGAAGCAAUGAAGCUGCGCCCAGCAUUUGGUCCCUUAGGUCAGCAAUAUAAGGCAGUUGUACAAAAUGCAAAGGACAUAGCUAAUGGAUCACUAAACAUUCCUCAAUGGAAUGAGUUAUUUAAAAUAAUUCAUGAAGAAGCAACUAAAGAUGUUGGAGAGUGUAAAGUAUUGCUGCCUUCAGCCCUCAUUAGUGUACUUAUGAAGAACUGUGAUAGGCAGCUUUCUGACAGGUGUCACAGAAAGAAAUUAUGUGAUUUACUUCAGAUGUGCAUAGCCUGUAGCACUUCUGUUGCUAAUAUUUUUAUUGCUGAUUAUAUUUUAAUGCUAGUAACCAAAAUGUUUAAGUACUACAGUUCUUGUUUGAAAAAGGAUGUAACAGACCAAAGAGUGGAAGUUGUUGAACUGGACAAUGAAGACAAAGAGACAAUUCAUUUUAUAUCUGGGGCUGUUGUGAGGGCAUUCUACAAAAAGAGUCGUGCAUUUGCAAAGUCAAAUGUUAGGUGGGCAAAGAUUGGAAAUCUUAUAACUAAUAAGCUCUUGGAGAGUGAUGUUGUUCCAGGCCCCCCUGCCAUAGUGAAAGGCUGGACAAUUGCCAAAAACAAGGGCAGACUUUUUUUUGUUAGCGGUGCAUUAUUUGAUUUUUUUGUUGGUAUUGCAGAGACUUUGGAGAAGACGAUUGACAAGAAAUUUAGAGUGGACUCUAAUCGUGUUAUUGAAGCGGUGUGCCAGGGUACUGUGAUUUUACUGUGGGAUGAAGCUGUAGGUGACUGUGUCAAUGAAGCACUUUCAUAUGACUUGAUGUGUGGUAUGACCAGGUCAUUUUGCAAUACAUUUGGUGUAGGAUUGGCCAAGAAGCUGCUUAAUAAGAGACGCAAAGCAGAAGCAAGCCUUCCAUUACGAGCCCAAGUGGCUCCCAGGCGUAGAAAGUAAAUGAAGCUAUGGUUCUAGUCACUGCAAUGAGUAAUUUGACUGAAUUAUUUCUGUGAUUUGCAUGCAUUAAAAAUUGUUUUUAAUAGCUAAGCAGUAUAAUUUAUAAGAAAUGAGUCAAUGGUUGUGUUCAACAGUUGUAGUGUUGCUUAGAAUAAUCAAUCUAGCUGUGACAAUUUAAAGUUGUCAAUUUAUGUUUGUGACUGAUUUUAAGAUGUGUUUGACUGAAAGCAAACAUUUGUAAAGACAGUUUCUUUUUAUGGAUCUAUGACAGAAUUUAAUGUUUUAAAAUGUAUUUCCU